AUCCCCCGCCUUUCCUUUUGACCCGCCGCCUCCUCCCCGUUUCCGGAAGCUUCUUCUUCCUCCUCCUCCACCCCCAGGGUUAGCCAUGGCCGCCGGCAACCUGUUCGGGCGGGCGCUGAGCUACGUCGUCAACGAGUUCCUCGUUGAGGGUCUCGCCAACAGCCGUGCAUUCCAGAGGUUUGCUGUGAAGACCAACAGGACUCUUGAGAACCUAUCAUCUAAAGCUAAGGAAGUGAGAGAGGAGCUAUCCGAGCAAUUAAAGGAUGCGCGUGGCCAGAAUGAUCACUUCAAGCGGUGAAGCUGGAUCGCACAUUGGUUCACCAAGAUGAUGCCUGCCGUGUGCAACCUUUCCAUAGUUUUCCUAGUAUUCAUCUGGAUCCUAUUUAUGGAUGUCAUUCCAUCAAAGGGUGCGGUCUUGACCUGUUCCUAUUUUGGAUGUCAUUCAAUUGAAGGAACCUUUGUAUAGUAUCUUCAGUUUCACUGGACUUGAUUAUCAGACACAGAGCAGAGAGCAGUUGAUGUCUAGCCCCUCCCUAGUGUUGUGAAAUGGAACACGAACUACUGGCAAGCAGCAUUCGUGUAUUGUUAUUAAGAUACAUAUCUAUGCUGAUUAUCUGACUUUGUAUUUGUGGAUAUGUGUGUUACGGUUGUGGUUGGUCUUGAUCAACGUGAUCAUAGUUCUUUGCCCUGUACAAAAAUGUUACGUUUCUGUUGAAAUGGUGUCACUUUCAGAGCUUUUGUGUA